UCUUCUCACACCACGUCUCCCAUCUCCAUCUUGCGAACAACCGUCAUGAUGGCGCCUCCCCCACCCGACGAUGUCUACUACAAUCUAGGCACCUACUCCCGCACAGUCACCACCACCUCCCCCGCGGCCCAAACCUGGUUCACCCGCGGCUGGCAAUGGGCCUACAGCUUCAACCACGAAGAAGCCCUGCGCUGCUUCGAGACCGCCACCAAACAUGACCCCAAAUGCGCCAUGGCCCACUGGGGCAUCGCCUACAGUCUGGGCCCCAACUACAACAAAGCGUGGGCCUUCUUCGACCGCGCCGAUCUGGCAGUGAGCAUAGCCAAAGCCCUGGGCGCCCUCACCCACGCCCUGGAACUCGCCAACGACCCCUCCACCAAGACCACCGCGGCCGAAAAAGCCCUCAUCACCGCUCUCUUCCCCCGCUUCCCGCGCUGGUCCGCAUCCACCGGCCCCUCCGACACGGACAGCAACUUCCCCAUCGACUUCGCCCGCCUGAACCAAGCCUACGCGGACGCCAUGCGCACCGCCUACAAAGAACACCCAGACGACAUCGACAUCACGGCCCUGCUGAUCGAAGCGCUGAUGUGCAUCUCGCCGCGCGGGCUGUGGAACCUGACGACGGGGGAGCCCAGCGGGCGCCACACGGUGGAGGCGCGCCAGCUGAUCGAGUCCGCGUUCGCCACCGGCCCCAAAGCCCAACACAACCCGACCCUGUGCCACCUGUACAUCCACCUGAUGGAGAUGUCGCCGUACCCGGAGAUCGCGCUGCCGGCCGCGGACCGGCUGCGGCGCGCGGCGCCCGACGCCGCCCAUCUCCUGCACAUGCCGACACACAUCGACAUGGCGGUCGGCGACUACCGGCGCUCGGUGGAGUCGAACUCGGACGCGAUCCGCGCGGACGAGACGUAUGUGGCCGGGUGCGUGGCGGAGGGGCGCACGGGCGCGGGCGUCGGCGGCGCGCUGUACGUCGCGUACCGCGUGCAUAACAUCUGCGCGAAGCUGUACUCUGCGCUCAUCGCGGGGCAGUUCGCUGUGAGUAUGGAGGCCGUACAGCAGUUGGAGGGGCUGGUGACCGAGGAGACACUGCAAAUCAAAAGUCCCCCCGUCGCGGACUGGGUGGAGUCGUUCCUGGGGAACCGCGCGCAUGUGCUGGUGCGGUUCGGCCGGUGGGAGGAUAUUCUUGGCCUGCAGGAGCCGCGCGAUCGCGAGCUGUACUGCUCGACGUAUGCGACGGUGCUGUAUGCCAAGGGAAUCGCGUUGAGUGCGUUGGGGAGGGUGGAGGAGGCGGAGGCGAUGCAGCGGCGGUUCGAUGAGGCCAGGGAGAAGGUCCCGACUACCCGCAUCGCGAGUCUGCCGAGCAAGCAGGUCGAUGUGUUGGCUGUGGGCGCGCAGAUGUUGCAGGGCGAGCUGGAGUAUCGCCGGGGUGAGGUGGAUCAGGCGUUUGAGACGUUGGCGAGCGCGGCCGAGCUGGAGGAUGGUCUGCCCUACGGGGAUCCGCCGCCGUGGAUGCAGCCGGUCAGACAUGCGCUGGGGGGGUUGUUGCUCGAGCAGGGGCGGGUGGCUGAAGCGGAGAGGGUGUUUCGGGAGGACCUGGGUAUGGCGGAGGGGUUUCCGCGGCGGAAGGGCCGGCUCAAUAAUGUCUGGGGAUUGCAUGGGUUGCAUGAGUGUCUGGUGAGGCAGAAGAAGCUGGCUGAGGCGCGGCUGAUCGAGCCGGCCCGGGAUCUGGCGAUGGCGGCGGCCGAUGUGCCCAUUGUGACCUCGUGCUAUUGUCGGCUAAGCGCGGUGGAAGCAGGGAAGUGCUGUGAGUGUGAGUGCUGAGGACUAAAAGAGAUUGGCAUCCAAGCGAUGGAUGGAAGUCGAUUCUGGCCGCUAGACAAUCAGUACGUACAGUAAAUGAAAAGCUCUCACGUAUGACAUUGGGACAUCCCAUACGGACCGAUUCCAUGUGGAACGUCGCCACUCGCCUGGGGCGGGACUUGAAACCCAUUGUCUGCAUGAGAGAAGAUGUUCG